AUGGAGCAAAAAGAGGAAAGCAGGCAUUUAGGAAAGCCUCGGGGAGCGGGCGGGGAGGACCACAAUCAGGGCGGACAGCUCGGUCCAUCCUCCCGUUCCCGCGGUCCCCCGGAGUCCCCAGCGGGGCUGCAGCCACCCCGAGCCCCAGCGCCGUCAAACACAAGCCAACGGGGGUGCAGGGAAACAAAGCCGAGCGGACAGGCUGCGGACGCCCAAAGUUUUGCUCCCUCCGCCGCCCGGCGCCCACCUGGGGCCGGGGCGCGGCUGCAGGUGCGGGACACCGGGCUCCGCCGCCAGCACGCCCGCCGCGACCAGGGCGCCCCUGUGCGGAGCGCCGACCCCCAAGUCCGCGGGAGCGGGGCGCGCGGCGGCGCCCACGGCACGGACCGCGAGCGGGGCGCCUCCGGAGCGUCGCCGCGCGCGGGAACCAGGGGGCGCAGCGCCCGCAGCCCUCGCCCCGCCGCCCCGCGCCCGCCGCCCGCGACCCCCGGCAGGGAAGGGGCACGCCGGGGGCCGCCCGCGCCUACCUUGCGCCAGCGCCCGGAGCCAGUGCAGCUGCAGCGCCAGCAGCGCCCACCAUCCACGCCGCCGGCCCGCGCUCAACUUUGUCGGCGGCCGCCCGCCGCGCCGGCCCGCGUCCGCCGCGCGGGCGCCGAGGGGCCGCCGCCGCCGCUCGGGGCCGGGCAGGACCCCGCGGCCGCCCCGGGCCCGCCGCGCCGCCGCCGCCGCCGGCCGCCAGCCGGUCGCCCCGGGCCAUGCCGAGGAGCCGCCGCCCCCGCCUCGGGCCCCGCCGGCGGGCGGGCGGGCGGUGGCCUCCCAGCCGGGCGCCCGCGGGGCGGCCAGGUGCGGGGACCGGAGCGGCGCGGGCGGAGGAGAAGUUGUCUGCGGAGGAAAUGCCCGUCAGGCCGGCCCCGCGGCCGGAGCGCCCGGGCCGCGCCGCGUCUCCUGAAGGGUCCGGCGGGCGCUGAGGAGACGCCGCCGCCGCCGCCCCCGCCCGGCGCUGAGGAGAAAGUGCGCCCGCCCGCGCGCCGGCGCUCGCCCUCCGCCGCCGCCGCCGCGCCCCAUUCACAGCCCGGCCGCACGCGCCGCCCGCCCGCGCCCGCCGCCGCCGCUGAUUGGCUGAGGGGAGGCGGCUCGCGGGCCCCCGGAGUCCCGCCCCCACGCCUCGCCUGUUUUCAAACUCGCCGCGCCCGCCCGCCUGGAAUUUCGCGCCGGGCCCUGGGCUCGGCUAGGGCGGCUUCCCGCGCCGGCUGCGCCCCCUAG